AUGGCCGUCGACCGCCUCUCCUCUCUUCUCAACCACUUGAAGCCCGGCAACUCUGGAAUUGCGGCAAUCACAACCAAAAACCCAGACGAUGUCGUGGUCACGCUCGCGAUCCGAACUCCAUUGACCAAAGGCUUCAAGGGCGGCUUCAAGGAUACAUCGCUCGACUACAUAGUCUACACAGUGCUGAAACAGCUCGUUGAGCGAUCACAGAUUGAUCCUGCGCUCAUCGAGGAUGUUUCUUUGGGCAAUGUUGGUGACGGACGAGCAGCAUACCUAGGCCGUGCCGCCGCGCUCGCAGCCGGCAUCCCACACACCGCCGGCGCCUCCAGCGUAAACCGGUUCUGUGCGUCCGGUCUCAAAGCAAUCCACGACAUCGCCAACCAGAUCCGCACUGGCGCAAUUGAUAUCGGUGUCGCCGUCGGCGCCGAGUCCAUGACCUUCGGCGGCCGCGGCGUCGACACAUUCCACGAAGAGAUCCUCAAGAACCAGGAAGCUGCCGACUGUCUGCAGCCCAUGGGCCAAACAUCUGAGAAUGUCGGUGACGAUUUCGGCAUCACACGCCAGAUGCAGGAUGAGUAUUCGGUGGAGUCGUUCCGACGUGCAGAGGUUGCGCAAAAGGCGGGUUGGUUUGAUGAUGAGAUUGUGCCUGUGACGACCAAGGUCAAGGAUCCGAAAACGGGCGAGGAAAAGACCGUUACAAUUACCAAGGACGAGGGUCCCAGGUAUGGAACUACAUAUGAAGGAUUGAGCAAGAUUCGUCCUGCUUUCCCGCAGUUUGGAAAUAAGACUACUGGCGGUAAUGCCAGUCAGGUUACCGACGGAGCCGCCGCAGUCCUCUUGAUGCGCCGCUCCAAAGCAAUCGAACUCAACCAGCCCAUCCUCGCCAAAUUCUGCGGCGCCACUGUCGCCGGCGUUCCCCCACGAGUAAUGGGCAUCGGUCCCACAGCCGCCAUCCCCAAACUCCUUAAACAAUUCAAUCUAAGCGUGUCCGACAUUGAGAUUUGGGAAAUCAAUGAAGCGUUUGCCUCGAUGGCAGUCUACUGUCUCAAGAAUCUGGGCAUUGAGCAUGAGAAAUUGAACCCGCGCGGAGGAGCGAUUGCGUUGGGUCAUCCGCUUGGUGCGACGGGUGCUAGGCAGGUCGUUACAAUUUUGAGUGAGGCGCGCCGGACGAAGAAGAAGAUUUUGGUGAAUAGUAUGUGUAUUGGAACGGGACAAGGGAUGGCGGGGCUUUGGGUCAAUGAGCAGGUUUAA